UCCCUUGAAGCCUUGGCUGGGCAGACGCCCUUAGCUGUAUUUCAGGCACCACAUUAUACAAACCAGAGUUGGGGACUGCCUAGCCUCCUAGCCCACCUGAAGCGCUUGACAUCAUCAAACUCUAACUCAACCAUGAGCACAAGUAGCAGAGUCUGGCCCUCUGAAACAUGCCAAGGCUACUAUGACGUCAUGGGGCAAUACGAUGGGCUUUGGUUGACAUUCUCAGGCAUCAAGCAGGCACCACCUCAUGUUCUGAGCGCAACAACAGCCUUGUGAUGAACUCAAACUUCCAAGACAAUGGUUCAGCUCAUCCUCCGAAGAAUCUGUACAAUGCAGUGAAACCUUCAAAAAGUAGUCAUGACUGGCACAUGAAUGAUACCCCAAGCCAUUCCUCAACCAAAUACAAUACCCUCAGCUGCUCUCGUUCAUUUCACAACCUCUCCCAUCUGCCUCCAUCCUACGAGUCAGCAAUCAAGUCAGAACUCAACCGUUACUCCUCACUCAAACGAUUGGCAGCGGAGAAGGACUUGGAUGAAUUCUAUGCCAAGCGGAGGCAUCUUGCUGAGUUGACUCGAGGGACGCUGCCCUUACAUGCCAUGAAAAUGAACUACGAUAGGGAUAGCUAUUCUGAGAAGUCACACAAUCCGCGACGGGUCAUGUCACAGGAACACAUCCUUUCAGACGGUGGAAAUGGAGUGGGAAGCUACCGCCCAUCACAUUACGACUACACCAUUCCAAGAGAGCGUGUCAUAUCUCACGAGCGCCUUCUCUCCCGGGAAAAUUUGCAUUCUCAGGAGCACUUGCUUUCUCCAGAGCGUCUCCAUCAACACACGGGUCCCUUCCAGGAGAUGCACCUGGGCCAUCAGAAGGCUGUUUCUCAGACCAAUGUCUGUGCCAGCAGCACCCCCAUGCUUGACCACCAUCACAUGAUGAUGAAAAACUCUCAUCCCACCUCCAACAAUUCUCCCAAGGCAUCUGCUCCUUGGGAGACUAGCAGUAGUAGUAACCAGGCAGCCGCCACCCGGCGCCAAGGGUUUGCAUCCAAGAGGCAAAGUACCAUUGAUCAAGUCCAAUUCAUCCCGGGGCACCACCCAACCCAACACCUUCCUACUGGCAGUAAGAAUGAGGUCACGGUGUGAGUUGUCCCUUUUCCCCAACUCAGGUUGAUUGGACUUUCCAAGGCCAUAUUUCUCUCCCUUUUUCUGAUCCACCCCACCCUUUAUUUGGUGCUCACUAUCUUUUUCUUGGGGUUCCCUCCCUUAUUUUUAGUCUUGUGGCCUCCAUCUCGGUUGAUGUCAAGUCCUAGCCUGGUCUUUGCUAAUGGCACUAUCACGGUCUUCACUGAUUUUUGAUUGGGUCCAUUUGACCUGCCAGGUCCUGACAAUCUUUGAUGAUGAUAUUGGCUGAUUACAGCUCAUGAUAAGAAGUGAGUAUAUCAAGGCCUGCUUGGUUUCAUAGAAGACAUCAAUUAUGCAGUAUUAGUAAAUUUCUGAAGAUGUCAAAAUUAGUUGGGUUCAUACAAUUAAUGCUGCUACUAUCACUUCCUAUGUCUGUUGACAUUACUGUCCAGGUUUAGUGACAUAAAGGCUGAAUUGAUUUUUAGUGAUCAGGCCUAUGGAUCCUUCCAAAGACGUGAAGAUAGCUUUGCAUAAGAUCAGUUACUAGGCCCCCAUCAACCUUUGAUUACAAUACUAAUUUUGUCCAUCAACAUUUGAUGGCAUCAUUGCUCUGGGCCUUGUCUCAGAUUUUUGAAGACUAAAGACAUCACUUGUGGAUUUAUGAGGUUGGCACCCUUUGCCUCUUACAACUCUAAGCGCUGUGAAUCUUGCCAAUCUUAGUGGAUGCUCAAUUGACCAAGUGACACCAUCGACACCAUCAAUGGUGUCAACACUGUGGAUUCUGUCAGCUGCAGUUCAUAUAAGCGCUGUGGGUCUUGUUGACCUUUAAUGCCCUCACCAUCAAUUUCUGAUGGUAUCAACACUGUGGACUAUUGUUGACAUCAACACUGACUUGUCAGUGGUAGAUGCCAUUAUUGGAGAAAGAUGUUUGUUACUGUACUGGUUGUGAUAGAAUACUGUAGGAUAUUACAUGGACUGAUAAAGUCAGUUACAGUAUGUAGGUCCUGUAUGGUGAUGGGCAAAAUCAGUCAUGUUGAUGUUGGAAGAGACCAUGUCAACAUUUCAUGAUAGUACUGCCAAUCUUGAUAACUAAGAAUGCUAUCAAGAUUCCUGUGCCUGUGACAUCUUGAUGAUUUCAGCACAAUGGAUUCAGCCAAUAGCUACAGAUUUCAAAGUAGCCAGACUUGGCAACGAUGUUGACUUUUGGUGAUUUCAUCACUGUACACCACACUCCUCAUUGUUGACAUUGCUGACUGUUUCUCAGCUCAUCCACUUUGCAUGAAGCCAUUUCUAUGAGGCUUCAUGUUUUGGGGCUGGUUAACAACUGGGAUCUAGUUGUUGGAGACAACCUGCCCUUAGUGGUGUACAGAUGAAGGCUAUUAUGAUCUUCUGAUGAUCUAACCAUCACUUUGCUCAUACAGUGGUAAAGUGAAUAGAUGAGACCCCUUUCCACCUCUUUCUCUUUCUUUCAGAUAUGCUGCAAGAAGGGAAUGGUGGCCAUCUUAUCCUGUUGCCUCCAGUAACAAGUCUGGUCAGUGCUAAAGGUGGAGGAACUGGAGUAUUAUAUAAUACACAGCCCUUUGCCACUCUCAUUCUAUCCUUGUGUUAUAACGUGUCCAUAACUGAUGAUAAAGAUGUAGGGCACAAUCAAGUCCACCCAUUCUGCUGUACAUAUCUUAUUAUAUAUUGCUUGCAUUCCAUCGAUUUUUCUAGUGCUUUUUAUUUACCUUCCCAUUACAGGGGAUAUCCAUCAAUAUUGAAUUUGUGAGUGCGUUUUUUUUAAAAAAAAACUCUGAUAUUUCAAAUGCAAUCAUUACAAAUAAACUUCAUCCUAACCCUACCUGCUUUCUCUCCAACUGUGCAUCCUCUGUGAUGCUCAGGAUGCUUUAAAAAAUCCUUUCCACAUUACAUUUUCUGAAUGGUCUGUUCUUUUUUUAAGCAAAGACGUAAAAAGUAUGGCAAAUAUCCAGUGGGUCACGGUAUUUCUUUAAAAGUUAAAACGUGGAAGAUAAAAAUGAUUUUUAAAAAAUAAAAUCCCUCCCCCAACAUUAAAUUAGACCUUUGGAAUAUAUAUAUAUAUAUAUAUUAUUUUGUGGGUAAUUUUGAUAAAAGAAUGCUUGCUUGGUUGAAAUUUUGCUUUUAGCCACUACUACUUUCAUUAGUUUAAACAUUCAUAUUCAGGCUUUUCUUAAACAGAUCUUGGGCAGACAUUGAGAUCUGAGUUAUAAAUAAUAGUUGAAUCAUCAUUGUACUUCUCAUAUGUAUUUCUAAUGCAGGAGAAAGAUAUACAAGGAUUUGUAGGUUGAUUACUGUCCAGUGUUGGGAAUUACUCUUUGCCAUAUUAAAAAUAUGGGCUACUUCAGAUGUGACACUGAACCAAAUUUCAGCAAUAUGAGCUUACAUGGCUCUAUAAUUAUCAACCUCUCCAGUCCCAUUCAUUCCCUUCAGUACAGCUGGUAUAAUAAUCCCAGAUUUGUUUGCUUCGGUUUUAGAUUAGCCACUGUUUGCCAUAUUUUCAAAGCAGACUGACAAACUGUGGUUCCUAUUGAGUUCAUUGCAAACAAUCCAACUUCAGAUCAUAGUUUACUCAUAUUUUCACUCACUAGAGUUUAAUGCUUAGACGGCAUACUAAAUUCAGGCUUAAUUGUUAACUAUGAUAGUGGCCAUAGAUCACACCUAAAUCAAGAGUAGCCAAAUUAGAUGAUUAUAUACAAAGCAGAGAAAGUAAGUCAUUUGCUUUGCCAAAGGAAGAAAAAGAUAGAAAGAAUGGAACAGACGAGGGAACAUUAGUUGUCUUUUCCUUAUGCUACAUGCUACAUGUUGAUGUAAUGUUAUGGUGUAUGCAACCAUCAUUUAAAUCUUCUCAUUUCCCCACUUUUGUGAAAGGAAUUGAGUGUGCAGUACAAACAUGGCUUCUUUAAAAUCUUUGAAAAUAUUUUUAAGUGUAUAAGUCUGGUAUAAGGGAGAAUGGUUUUUUGAUGUAAUUUCCUCCCCCCACCCCAACCAUUAUAGCUAGUCCUUGACUUACAGCUAUUAGUAGAGUGACCUUUUUGA